AUGCCACCUGCACCUCGCAAACGAACGCGAAAGCGCAAAAGACGCGCCCUUUCCGUAUCCUCGUCAUCUUCCUCCUCCUCUUCAGAUUCAGAUGCGCCUGCGACCGCUAAGGCGUUGCCUGAACCAAAAGCAGCGAUUCCUUUGCCUUCAGACGACAGUUCCAGCUCAGAAUCUUCUUCGAGCUCAUCCGAUUCGGAUUCCGAACCCGAGCAAAACCUAGAGAGUAUCACUGCUAAUACUUCCGGCAAAUCAGCUCCACCCGCUGCUAGGCCUCCUCCAAAUCGACGUGAUUCUCCCUCUCCACCACCGCCUUCACCCACACUUCCCUCUUUCCUGCCCCCAAAGGAUGCAGCAGAAUUCGAAAAUACCGAACAGGAAAUGAAGGAGAAAUUCAGAAAGUUUUGGAUGGCCUCCGUAGCAGACGGAUUCAAGGAGGAUUUGGAGCAAAUUCGGGUUAAGGAGCCCAAUCUUGGACAGUCCCGCCUUGCCAUGUUAAUCGACUCCUUAGCAUCCGGUGCGGAUGUGUUUUCGUCGACAACGCAAAGAGACGGUGUGAAUGAGAUGCAAGUUGUUUUAGACUAA